AUGAGGUUCUUCUACCUUUUUAUGGUGUUCUUUCAAGUCAACGUAUCAACGAGUGAAAUCAAAAUGCUGCUAGCGGUUUGGAGGCAUGGAGAUCGUGCUCCUGAAGAGAAGCCUUAUCCAAAUGAUCCAUACAAUGAGACAUUUUGGCCAAGAGGAUGGAAUCAACUAACAAAUGUAGGAAUAUCUCAAGCAACAAAACUUGGAGUAUUCCUCCGUCGUCGAUAUCGAAACUCGGUCAUGCCGAAAUUUGAUAGAAAGAAAAUUCAGAUUAUUUCAUCCGAUGCAGAUCGGGCAAUCGAGACAGCACAAAGUGUGGCUUCGGCAUUAUUUCCACCAAUUGGUGAACAAAAAUGGACCGAUGGAAAAUUUCAAUAUUGGCAACCAAUUCCAAUUCGAACAAAUGGCAAAAGAGAUCCAAUGCUGCGUCCCAGUAAAAUUAAUUGCGCCAGGUAUCAAUUGCUAGUGGCAGAGAAUCGAAAACAAAUCGAAACCGAUACCAAUUCACGGUAUAAGAAAGAACUCGAAAUUAUUUCAAAUCGGACUGGCCACAAUGUCACCUAUGCCAAUAUCAAAGAUGUCUACAACAUAAUGCUUGAACACUAUAAUGGACUUCCAUUGCCAGAAUGGGCAUCUGAAAUAGUGAAUGGUGUUCCGCUUCUAGACACAAUUUUAGAAAUUCGUAAAAUCGCUAGAUUACAGCUUUUUAACACUAAAGAAAAGGCAAAAUAUAUGGCUGGAUUCUUGAUAAACUCUUUCGCACAAAAUUUGAUUGAAGCUUCACAAAACAAAACGCAGAAAAAAGCAUUAUUGUAUUCAUCACACGAUGGUACAUUAAAUGCUCUGAUGUAUGGGCUUAAUAUUAGCAAUCAUCAGCUGAUGCCAUAUACUGCGUGCCUAAUGGUUGAAUAUCACACGGAUGAGACUGUACACAUAUUCUUCCGCAACACAACCACAGAAUCACCAGAAGACGUUCAUCAAUUAAUCAUUCCUGGGUGUACUGCUGCGUGUCCCCUUCCCGAAUUUUUGAGUUUAAUCGACAAUAUGCGAAUUCGAUCUGUCGAAGAAUUGGAACAAAUUUGCAAUGCGUUCGACGCGCGGAAUAUGUCAGUUUUCAUGGUCAUUUGCAUAAUUCUUUUGAAAUUGUUUCUAUAA